UACUAUAACUUUUUUUAAUUUCGGGAAGUACUGAUUAGUUACAUGAACAACUUUUACAGCACUUAUAAAUAUUACUUAUGUUUCAAGUAUUAGGCAAAUAAAUUCAUUACUUACAAGUGCCGAAAGUGGCUGCAAUUAAAAAAAAAACCUUGAGAUCCGAGGAAAAGAUUAAAUAAAACUAAUGUUAUGUUACUUUAACUACAAAAUUAGCUUUUAAUUGGAAGCCAUUAGUAAUUAUUUUCAUUUUAAAUGAUUGGAUGGUGACAAAAUGGCCUCUUCAUCACUUUAAUCAUUGUUUAAUCGAUAUUAAUUUCCAUAGUAAUUGUAAACACCGAAUGUGUUGAUUUUAAAAAUGCAUGGAAACGUGUUGUCUGCAAACAAACAUCACAAAAACUAAUGAAAACACAAAAACUGUCGACAUGAGUAGUCAAUCACUUAAUAACAUAGAAUUAAAGAAAUUGCAGAAUAUCCAACAUAAUUUGGACCAUGCCCAGAGCCAAUUUAUUCAAAUUUGUUCAAAAGAUAAUCCAUCACUACAAGAAUUCAUUCAGAAACUAGAAAAUGACUGUAAAACUGAAUGGAAAGCAAUUCGUCAAGAUGUUCUAAAUAUACAUGACAAAAUAAAGAAUAUAAACACAAAAAUAAACACAAUCGAUGAAAAUGUUACUAUAACUUCCUUAAAAUCUGAAUUAAUAGACCUCAAAGACAGUAUUGAAAACUUUAAGCUUACGUCAAAGAAUAAACUCAAAAGUUUAGAGUCAAAUGAAAAGUCUUUAACUGAAGAACUUGAAUAUUAUGAGCAGAUGUAUGAAAACUGGUCAAAACCAAUUGAAAUUAUCGAAGAACCUACAUUUAUCAAGCGCACAAUUCUUAAUAAAAUAGAAUGUCCUGAAGUGCAUGAAUUUAAUCAAUUUCUACAAGAGACUAAAGGUCAUACAAACGGUUGGACAUGGGAUGAUAACGCAGUGUUCUUAAAAUACAAAACAAAGUAUAAAACUAUCGAUAAAGUAUCUGAAAAGUUACAUAAAACAUUCCCUGAUAAAUCCGUGGAAGAAAUUGAAGAACACUUCAAGUGGCAUGAAAAAUACUGUGUUCUGCGAGACAAACAAAAAGUGGCGAUACAAAAGUGGAAAACACAAAAACAGAGCCAAGAUACAAACAACAGCACUGAAGAUGGAUCAUCUACAACAUUUAAAAUAAUAAAUAAAAAGAUUAAAGUACCACCAAUGAAUCCAGAAGAAACUAAAGCUAAAUUACUGGCAUGGAAAGAAGAAAAACGUCGAAGAGAACAGCAGGAAGCAUUGACACGUGAAAUGAACGAACAGUUCUAUAAACAGUUGGAGAUUAUGAGGUUCCAAAAGAAUUCUGAGAUUAAAGAAAAGGUGGAACGUUGGCGCAUGAUAAAAGCCAGUGAAAAACAAGCACAGGAAGCAAAACGUAGAGAAGAAGAAUUAAAAACACGAGCAUUCAAAGCAAUGUUGGCUAACCAUUUCAUUCGUGAGUUCCAAACACAAGAUCAACGUUAUAUAAAGAAGAUGCAAGCAAACAAAAUGAAAAAUCAGCCGCAUAAACCACCGCAAACCAAUUCUAAAGUAGUAAUACCAAGAGAUCCGAAUAGAUUGUUAAAACCAACAAAGAAUUGGAUCUCUAAGUUGGAGACAACAAAAGAGACAAAUAUGAACAACAUACAUAAUGGCAACUUGAACUUAAACAGCAUCCAAAGACUCAAAGCCCCUGAUUGGCGCAAGUGACCAGUUUGGACUAGAGUAUUACUAGAGAAUCGUAUUUGUAGUUUUUUUGGUAAAAUAUCAAUAUGGACAUAACCUCAUCUUUGCAUCAGUGGAAAUUCAGAUGCAGCUGUAGUAGUUCCGUCAAAUUGUCCCAAAUGUAUCUGGAAUCACAUGUUUUGUACUUUUAUAUGUACUAAAUAAAGAAGUAUCGAUUAA